AGUACGCUAGAUAUUAUUUUGACUAUGAAUGUAACGAGCCAUUGUUAGCGACAGCCAAACUCACCGCCACAUCAAGUUUGAGAGAGAGGGGACCUGACAAUGCUAAAUUAUAUGGUCCACAAAUUAACUAAAAACAAUUUAAGGACCACAUUGAUUUUUGCACAAAGACAUUGCCCUUAUUUAGAGCCAAAGAUGGCAGACUUUAAUGUAAGAUGGGCAUUUAACAUAAAAACCUGGACACCUACUUAUGAUGAAAUAUUAUCAGCUACCAGCUACAUACAACCAGAAGAGAAAAAGAGAUUAGACAAAUUUGUAUAUCAAGAUGAUGUAAAAUCAUCACUUAUCGGAAGGCUGAUGAUGCGAAAAUUCGUCCACUUAUCUACAGCCAUUCCUUAUCAUGAAGUUACAUUCGCCAGGGAUGAGCAUGGAAAGCCGUACUUAGUUGGUGCAGGCGAUAUUCCUGUAAACUUCAAUGUUUCUCAUCAAGGAGACUAUUCCGUCCUGGCCGGACAUAAGGAGCGAAAUAUAGGGAUAGAUGUAAUGAAGAUAGAGCCUCCUGCGAACAAGAAUGUUCCAGAAUUCUUUAGACUCAUGACAAGACAGUUUUCUACUCAUGAAUGGAGGACUAUAAAAGGCUAUUCCACGGAAAAGGAACAGUUGAAAUGCUUUUACCGUCACUGGUGCUUGAAAGAAGCUUAUGUUAAGAACAUAGGUGUCGGAUUGACGAUUGCUCUUAACAAAAUCACAUUUGUGAUUAAUACUUUUGAUAUGUCCGUUGGAAAUAUUGUGACCGACACACAGCUGUACGUUAAUGAUGUUUUGAAACGUGAUUGGAAGAUUGAAGAGACACUUUUAGAUGACAAACAUGGUGUGGCUGUUGCUAUACAGAUUCCUAGAGACAGUACUAUAGAACCAGUAUCUUAUUCUUACUUGAAUUUUGAAGAAUUGGUUAAAGAAGCGCAACCAUUACAUCCUCCAGAUGCAACUUUUGCAAAUAGUUUUCUAAAGAAAGAAAUCAAACCUUUUUAGAAUUAAGUAUAUCUU